AUGUAUGUGAUUAUAGGCCAACAGUCUGAAGGCUUUUGGAACGCUGGAUGCUGGGCUGUGAGUGAGGGUGUGGCUCAGUGUGGGGACAGGGUCACUCACCCCGCCUGUCAGGUCAUCUGCCUGGAGAUGGCGGUCCAAUCAAUCAUCUACCACGUUACGGAGAAGGUCACAGACUUGGCGGCUCUUAGGCUCCCCAUAUAUACCACACCACCAUUGCAGUCUAAAUAUGUUGAAGAACAGCCUGGUCAUUUACAAAUGGGCUUUGCAUACAUCCGCACAACAACUGGUCAUUAUAUUGGCUGGUGCAAGGGUGUUUAUGUUUUUGUGAAAAGUGGGAUAAUGGAUACAGUACAGUAUGGAAAAGAUGCCUAUAUCUAUCUGAAGAACCCACCUCGAGAUUUUCUUCCAAAAAUUGGAGGGAUUACAGUUUUGGGAUUAGCAGGCUUGUUUUCAGCUAGAAAAGGUUCUAGGUUUAAGAAAAUUGCUCAUCCACUGGGACUGGCCACUUUAGGAGCAACUGUUUGCUAUCCAGUUCAGUCAGUAAUAAUCGCAAAGGUAACUGGGAAAAAGGCAUAUACUACAAGCCAGCAAAUUUACGAAGCAGUUAAAUCAUUGGGGACAAAAAACAACAGAAAAGAGUCACUUUCUAAACUGAAAGAAAAACCCAAGAUAGAAGAAAACUCUGCUGAAAUAGAAAUACCUGCAAAAACAACUCAGAACCUGAAACACUCAGUGCCUUUGCCAACUGAACUCAUCUUUGAAACAAAGACAGAAUCAGAAUCUACCUCAGGUGCUGCACAGUUUAUGUCUGACCCCAAGUUCAUGGAUCAUGGGCAGUCCCAUCCAGAAGAUGUAGAUAUGUACAGCACUAGAAGCUGA